AUGACGACACCAACUGCCACCACUACCCAAUCCUCGCCGCCUUUGGUGGACAUUGGGAUCAACCUGACUCACAAACAAUUCCAUCGAGAUCGAGAGGACGUCAUUCACCGAGGUUUGGAACAAGCCAAUGUGAGAGCUCUCAUUUUGACUGGCACGUCCGUAAAGGCCAGCCAGGAAGCACAACAGUACUGCGCCACGGCACAGUCUUCCUGUCCCGACGUACAGCUCUACUGCACAGCCGGAGUUCAUCCCCACGACGCCAAGCGCUGCAAUGACGACACUACUAUAGAGAGUUUGCGACGCUUGGCCAGCACCGAUCAAGUAGUGGCCAUUGGGGAAUGCGGUCUGGAUCACAAUCGCAACUUUUCACCACCAGAUGUCCAACGGCACUGGUUUGUGCAACAGCUCGAAUUGGCCCGUGAACUGCAGCUGCCCGUCUUUUUGCACGAACGGGAUGCCCAUGCCGAUUUCUUCCAAAUUCUUUCCCAGUACGCGGACAAGCUACCGGCGUCGAUUGUCCAUUGCUUUACCGGCACACAGGACGCUUUGAAUGAUUAUUUGUCCCUGCCCAACUGCUACAUUGGCAUUACGGGAUGGGUCUGUGACGAGCGACGGGGGUUGGCACUGCGCAAGAUUGUGCCGCUCAUACCCGACGAUCGCCUCAUGAUUGAAACCGAUGCUCCCUUUUUGUACCCUCGGGAUUUGCCCCCCGAUCGUCGAACAUCCAAAAAAGAUCGCCGCAAUGAACCUGCCUAUUUGAACCACAUUUGCGAUUCCGUGGCAGCCUGUCGUGGUCAGACCAGUGAGCAUUUGGCCAAGAUUACCACGGCCAAUGCUGUGAGGUUCUUUCGGUUGCCAAUGGCUCCGCCAGAGGAAGCGUCGGAAUCAAAGGAAUAG